CAUCACUGGCCACAAGCAGGCUAAGGCACUCCAGGCUUCCAACCUUUGCUGCCUUGUGUAGUGGAGCUUCUCCUAAAACAUCCUUAAGAAUACACGUUGUGGAAAAAGGAUGAAGUUGACCAGUGAAAAGUUGCCCAAGAACCCCUUUUAUGCCUCUCUAUCUCAGAAUGCUGUUAAAAAACAAAAAUUCUUCCAGUGGAAAAAGGAAAAGACUGAUCAUUACACCCAUGCUAGUUUGGUGGAUAAGGCAUUGCAGCUCUUGAAGGAAAGAAUACGAAAUGGGGACCAUCUGGCAUAUUUCCUACGAGGUCAACUCUACUUUGAAGAGGGAUGGUAUGAAGAAGCAUUAGAACAGUUUGAAGAAAUCAAGGAGAAAGACCAUCAAGCAACUUACCAGCUAGGAGUGAUGUAUUAUGACGCGCUGGGGACCACUCUAGACGCUGAGAAAGGGGUGGACUAUAUGAAGAAAAUUAUUGAUUCUCCAUGUCCCAAAGCAAGGCACUUAAAAUUUGCAGCCGCUUACAACCUCGGAAGAGCUUAUUAUGAAGGAAAAGGUGUUAAACGAUCAAAUGAGGAAGCUGAAAGACUGUGGCUUAUUGCAGCAGACAAUGGGAACCCCAAAGCCAGUGUGAAGGCUCAAGGCAUCCUCGGGCUGUAUUACGCCACCAAGGAGCCCAGAGAGUUAGAAAAGGCAUUUUACUGGCAUUCAGAGGCAUGUGGCAAUGGGAAUCUGGAGUCCCAGGGUGCGCUUGGUCUCAUGUACUUGUACGGACAAGGCAUCCGCCAGGAUACUGAAGCUGCCCUGCAUUGCCUAAGAGAAGCAGCAGAACGGGGAAAUGUCUAUGCUCAAGGCAAUCUCGUGGAGUAUUACUACAAGAUGAAAUUUUUUACAAAGUGUGUUGCAUUUUCCAAAAGGAUUGCUGAUUAUGAUGAGGUUCACGACAUCCCCAUGAUCGCCCAGGUCACAGAAUGUCUCCCGGAGUUCAUCAGCAGAGGCAUGGCGAUGGCAUCCUUCUACCAUGCAAGGUGUCUUCAGCUUGGCUUGGGCAUCACCAGGGACGAAGCAACAGCUAAACACUAUUAUUCUAAAGCUUGCCGUCUGAAUCCUGCAUUGGCGGAUGAACUUCACUCUUUACUUAUUCGUCAAAGAAUCUAGACCACAAUGUAUUUCAACAAAGAUCAUCCAUGCUAACACCUCACAAUGUGUGUAUUUUUACAGUAGCUAUGUUUGCUUAUUUUGCACAUUGCAAAUUACACUAUCCUGGGUAUUUUACAGGUGACAUGUUACUUCGUUCUUGAAUUUGUACACUGUUAAGUUUUGCAACUUCCCUAGAUACAGGGUCAAAUUGCUGGAAGAAUCCUCAAAGGUCCACCUCUUAGCCUACAGACUGGCCUAGACAAUAUCAACUAUGAAAACCAUUCUAUAAAGCAACUAUCUUUUUCCUUUCUUAAAUACCGAGUCUCCAAAAAGACUUAGUAUAACUUUAGUUUAAUAAGUUCAGAAGUAGAAAUGAUACAAACUUAUUUAAAAACAUCAUUUGAAAGUUUAACUCUUUAAAUUUGUCACUUAUUUAGUUUUGUGAAUUUUGAAUAAUACCAUUUGAAUUUUGUUUUAGUCAUUAAAAAUUUUUAAAUGUAAAUUCACAAAACUAAAUAAGGGUAAAAGUAAAGAAACUUAAAUAAGUGUGUGUAGCAUUUCUACUUCUGAAGUUACUAAAGCUAAAACUGCACUAAGCCUUUUGAGACAUCCUCUAUUCUUAAAAAGGUCCAUAAAUCAUUGGCUAAUUUAUUCCAUAUAAACUUCAAAAAAAGUGGGUUAUAAGACACUGCUUUAGACUCUUGCCCCUCCAAAUCUUCUCUCAAAGAUCUGAAUUUAGUGAGUGAAACAGCUGCUACAUACAUAUGCAGAAUGUGUAAGAAACAAAAAACCAACUGCUAUAUGAAAAUAUUGUUAAGAUAAAGCAAGUUAUUUCUUUUUGCUUCAGCUCAUUUUCUACAUUUUUAAAACACUGUGGAAAAAACCUCAAUGAAAUCAUCAACAAGAACUACAACUAAAUAUUGUUAAAUUAGCAAAAGGCUUUCCUUACAUAAAUUACAUCUAUGAAGGCAAAAGGUGACGGUAAAAACAGUAAGAUUCAUACGCCUAAGGUUAUACAAAGCUAUCCAUUUGUGAAACAAAGACACAUAUUGAAAAUAGGUCACAAAGAUAUUUUAACUAUCCCUAUUUUAUAAACACUAACUGAUGUGACUUUAUUUUAUAAAUCACAACCAUCCUGACAGUGGAUUUAAACAAGAUUUUUUUUAGUAAUGGGAAAAUGCAAUGAACAUGGAGGCGAUAGUCACUAAGAACUGCUGAAUGGCAGAACACUAUUUGCUCUAGCUUUAUGUUCUGGCUUGUCUAUAUUGCUUGAACUUCAUUUUGUCUUUAUAUUAAGGGAAGAAAUUUCAACAGAUUUGGGUUUGAGAUACCCUCAAAUGGUAAUGUAUUUCUGUCUCAAAUCUGUUUCUUAAUACCAUCCAUAUAAGAUUCCUUCAAUGACUUGAAGAUCCAAUUUCCCAACUAGUAUUCUUUUCCACACUUAAUCCAGUUCCUAAAGAUUCUUUAAGAACCUUUAAGAAUCUUAGCCAGGUACAGUGGCUCACUCCUGUAAUCUCAGCCUUUGGGAGGCAAAGGUGGGCAGAUCAUCUGAGGUCAGGAGUUCAAGACCAGCCUGGCC